GAUCCCCAUUUGCUGACCACGUUGCUCAAGCGUUACUUUGCUGAGCUGCCCGACUCGCUGAUUCCCGGCGAGUGGUAUGACCGCACGAUUGCAGCUGCAUCACUCCCUACCGAGGAGGAACAGGUGGCCGAACUUGACCGCGUCAUGAGCAACAUCAAGGGGGCCACGGCCACAACCCUCUCGUACCUGCUUGGACAUUUGGGCCGGGUUAUUGCCAAUCACAAGAGCACAAAAAUGGAUGCAGUGUCCGUGGCUGAAGCCUGGGGCCCCAUCUUGCUGCGGCCCAAGCCUUCCGAGUCAGCCAAAGCAGUGGCGGAUCGUCAAAUCCAGGUCAACGCUGUUCGCCUCUUGAUC